AUGGGAGGGCAAGGCCAACAGUUCUCGUAUGUGCCAAAGAUAAUGAACGGCGGUCUGGCCGGUAUUGUGGGCGUAACUUGUGUAUUCCCCAUUGAUCUAGUGAAGACUCGCCUGCAAAACCAACCUAUUCUGCCAGAUGGACGGGUGCAGUACAGGGGAAUAGUAGAUUGUGCCAAGCAAACAUGGAGAUCAGGGGGUGCAUCAAUCUUUUCCAAGGUGCGAGCUUUGUAUUCCGGAUCCGCCGUCAAUAUUGUCCUAAUUACGCCUGAGAAGGCUAUAAAACUAGUUGCGAAUGACUUCUUCAGACAUCAUCUUGCUGUUCCUGGAGAAAAGACACUCUCAGCAUGGCGAGGAAUGACUGCAGGCGGACUGGCUGGAGCUUUCCAGAUUAUCGUCACUACACCGAUGGAACUCUUAAAAAUUCAAAUGCAGGACCAAGGGAGAACAGCAAAGCCUGGACAAAAGAAAAUGACUGCGCUUCAAUUAACUGCAAGGCUUCUGAGGGAAAACGGGAUCGCUGGAUUAUACAAGGGUCUAGGUUCAACUUUUGCUAGGGAUGUGACUUUCUCUGUGAUUUACUUUCCUUUCUUUGCUUAUCUCGACUCUUUGGGCCCUAGGAAAAGUGAUGGAAGCGGCGAUGCAGUGUUUUGGACUUCAUUCGUGGCUGGGCUUGCUGCAGGAGCGACUGCUUCAUUUCUUGUGACUCCGCUCGAUGUUAUCAAAACCCGAAUGCAAACUAUCAAUAAGGGAGAAAACGAAGUUCGAUACAAAAACAUCGCAGACGCUUUCAUAAGAAUUUUGAAAAUGGAGGGUCCUCGAGCUCUACUCAAAGGUGCCGCCUGUCGUAUGAUGGUUAUGGCGCCGCUCUUUGGGAUAGCGCAGACUGUCUAUUACAUCGGAGUGGCUGAAAAAAUUCUAGGAGUUCAGAAAACUACGCAUAUAUAGGUAACUUCCGUCAGUGUACUGGUGAUGAGGCCUGCAUUGUGUUUUUCUAAUCAACUUGUCUACUAAUAAUUGCCCUCCCACUUAUGUAUCGAUUUAGGCACUCGUCUUUUAGGUGACUGAAUUGCAGAUAUAGGUACUAUAGGGAUACUACAGGAGUCUACCUCGACUAACGUCCUUACUUAGUCUUUAGCGGUUUAGUCACUUAGGCACGAACUAUCUUACUAACAUGAUCCUCUCUGAAUACACUUGAGUUCCCAACUCACAUGUGAGCUAACAUUCUUAUGUCUUAUGAAAUCUCCGACUAACGGCUGUUUUAGUAGCGGUUUAUAGCUGAGUCAGUUUUUAGCUUUCUAGCUUGUUAAAGAGUGAUAUAUAGAGUGAUAUAAUCUGCUCAAGAUCUGUGAAUUUGAUCAGCUUUGUGAAUUAUUCGUUGUGCAUGAAAUAAAAUUGAAUGUUUCU